CUGGGAGCAAGAUGACAACAUACACAGACAAAGGCGAAAAGCAUGAGCAGGGCAGAUUCCUCUGCUUUGAUCACUUAACAUUCUGGGUUGGAAAUGCAAAACAGGCUGCAUCAUAUUACUGUAACAAGCUGGGAUUUGAGCCUUUGGCUUACCGGGGUUUGGAGACAGGCAGCCGAGAAGUGGUGUCCCAUGCAGUCAAACAAGGCAAGAUCAUUUACGUGUUCUCAUCUGCCCUUAAUCCUGGAAACAAAGAGAUUGGAGAUCAUUUGGUCAAGCAUGGGGAUGGCGUGAAGGAUAUUGCAUUUACAGUGGAGGACUGUGAUCUCCUCGUGCAGAAAGCCCGUGAGCGAGGUGCUGUUAUUGUAACGGAGCCGCACACUCUGGAGGACAAAUAUGGUAAAGUCAGGCUGGCUGUGCUUCAAACGUAUGGUGACACCACACACACCUUUGUGGAGAGAACAGGAUACAGUGGGUUGUUUCUGCCAGGAUUCCACCCCCCUCUGUUCAAGGACCCUUUAUUAGCCAAACUCCCAAGUGGAAAACUGAACUUUAUUGAUCAUGUUGUGGGAAACCAACCAGAUGAUGAGAUGGUUCCAGUUGUUGAAUGGUAUCAGAAGAACCUUCUCUUUCACCGCUUCUGGUCAGUGGAUGACAAGCAGCUUCAGACAGAGUUUAGUGCCCUGCGCUCCAUUGUAGUGGCAAACUACGAGGAGACCGUGAAGAUGCCCAUCAACGAGCCUGCCAUGGGGAAGAAAAAGUCUCAGAUCCAGGAGUAUGUGGAGUACUAUGGAGGUCCAGGAGUGCAGCAUAUAGCCAUGAACACAUCAGAUAUCAUCACUGCAAUUCGUAACCUAAAGGAGCGUGGGAUGGAGUUUAUGUCCGUGCCGGACACCUACUAUGACCAGCUGAGGGAGAAGUUGAAACGUUCAAAGGUCAAAAUCACAGAGGACCUGAAUGUCCUGCAGGAUCUGAAGAUCUUGGUGGACCACGACGACAAUGGCUAUUUACUUCAAAUCUUCACCAAGCCAGUUCAGGAUCGCCCCACUGUGUUCUUGGAAGUCAUUCAGAGACACAACCACCAGGGCUUUGGUGCAGGAAACUUCAAAUCUCUUUUCGAAGCCAUUGAAACCGAACAGCAUGCCCGAGGAAAUCUGACUGUCCUGACACCAAAUGGAGUUUCAAAGAACCUGUGAACCCAGUGAUAUAUACACUUUACCGUCCUGAAAAGUCUCAAUAACUUUCAGUUAACUACGAAAUGACACUGUCUGUUGAGGGUCCUAUUUGCUCCUUAAGCGUAUUGUACUGAUAAUUUGCUAAAUCAAUGCUCUGAUAUUUUGAGAUUGCGUGUUUAUUGAUGCUGUAAGUCUUUGAUAUUUUUGUGACUUGCAUCUCUUAUCAGAAUUGAGUGUUUAUUUUAUUUUAGUUGCUUCAUUAAUAAGAAGAGUAUAUCACCAACGCUUUCUUAUUAUAAAACAUUAACAACACAACCAAUAUUAUCGAUACAAGCUUGACUCAAGCAAAACACCAUUUAAGCUCUCAUAAAUGAAAACAUUUAACUAUACAUUUAUAGUAUCAUUUGGACAAUGAGGCUGACAGACAUUUCAUUGUAACAGAGACCUACAGCAUGAUGUUUGGACUGCCCACUUUUUCCCUCCAUAUUGGAAGACACAAUAAUUGCAAUGUUUAAAAAAUUGUUUGCAUUGUGUUCACAAACUGUAACGUACAACCAAAUGUACUGUUUUAUUAUAGUUUUUUCCCAGAAAUGUUGUUUUAACUGUGGUAACUAGUGCUCAUCAUUCCAUGUCAGACUUCUGUUGAUAAAAAUCAAAGU